UGACAAAACCCUAAAUGUUUUCUGCCAUCGUCACUGAGCUCUGAUUUUGUUGAUCGAUUGAAUAUCGGUUUAAAAGGCUUUGCUCUGGAAAGUCCAUUACUUUAAUGAUGGAUCCUUUAAUUGAGAAAACAGGUCAACAUAAACCGGAAUCGGCGCUAGAAACGCCGUUACCUCUUCAACGGAACGCCGUCAACAGCUCAAAGCCGGCCCCGAAGCGGUUCGUCAAGAACCAAAUCCCUGACUCGAUCCUCAACGACGCCUCCCUUAACGCUGCCAUUUUGGUCCUUCCUUCCAAUUACAAUUUCGAAAUCCACAAAUGCGUUUGGCGCGUUCGUUCCACUGGCGCCAAGCGCGUCGCACUCCAGUUCCCUGAAGGUCUCCUGAUGUACUCCCUUGUUAUCUCGGAUAUCCUCACUUCUUUCGCUGACGUCACUCACUGCUUUAUCCUCGGCGACGUCACUUACGGCGCGUGCUGCGUCGACGACUUAUCCGCCGUCGCACUUGGCGCUGAUUUGUUGAUUCACUAUGGCCAUAGUUGCUUGGUUCCUAUUGAUGCAACUAAAAUUCCUUGCCUUUACGUCUUCGUUGAGAUUAAAAUCAACGUCGACGGUCUCGUUAACACGAUCAAACACAACCUUGGUUCUUCCAAAGAAUCAAUUGUCCUCGCUGGGACGAUUCAGUUUUCCUCGGCGAUUAGAUCGGCAAAGCCAGAGCUGGAAAAACGAGGAUUUAGGGUUUUAAUUCCUCAGUCAAAACCAUUAUCAGCUGGUGAGGUUUUGGGUUGCACCGCUCCCAAAAUCGGUUCCAUUGCAAAUGCUAAUGAAUCCGUGGCAGUUUUUGUGGCGGACGGGAGGUUUCAUUUAGAGGCGUUUAUGAUUGCGAAUCCAGGGAUCAAGGCAUUUCGAUACGAUCCUUAUUUAGGGAAGUUGUUUUUGGAGGAAUACGAUCAUAAAGGAAUGAGGGAAACACGAAGGAGAGCGAUAGAGAAGGCGAAGAGCGCUAAAAGUUGGGGGAUCGUGUUGGGUACAUUGGGGAGGCAAGGCAAUCCGAAGGUUUUAGAGAGGUUAGAAGGGAAAAUGAAGGAGAAAGGAUAUGAUUAUACUGUCAUUUUGAUGUCGGAAAUUAGUCCGGUUCGGAUUGCUUUGUUUGAAGAUGCGGUGGAUGCUUGGGUUCAAAUUGCUUGUCCUCGGCUUUCCAUUGAUUGGGGUGAUGCAUUUUUAAAGCCUUUGCUGACUACAUUUGAGGCAGAGAUUGCUCUUGGGGAGAUACCUGGGUGGUGGGAGAAAGACGGUUGUGGUUCUUGUGGAAAUGGAUUGAGUUGCAGCGAGAGUAAAUCAUGUUGUGGUGAUGGCAAUGGAAUGAAGGAUUUUCAUGGUGAUUAUCCCAUGGAUUAUUAUGCACAAAAUGGUGGGGAAUGGAAUUCAUCUUAUGUGAAAAAGUCAGUUCGUCUGAUGAGGAGAAACAUUGCGCCUUCCUCCGGCAACGGUGCUGCCAUUUAGUAGCUGCUGCUUGGGGAGGUUUAAAGCUCUGCAUUCAUUUCAUUCAGAUGAUAACGUGCAUGUGAGCAUCAAGAACAGAUUAGGCAAUGGAAAGAACUUAACCUUACAUUGCCAAUCAAAAGAUACCGAUCUCGGAGAGCAAAAUGUUGCCGAUGGGAGCGAAUAUGGAUGGGAUUUCACCCCCAAUGUAUGGGGAACUACAUUG